AGCACAUCAAAGUUGAAAGUUGAAACAGACAGUUGGGUUUGUUACAUGAAUUUUUUUAUAUUAAAAAAAAAAACCAGUCCAAAAGCAUCCCACUUUCUGGCACGCCGCCCAAUCAUUUGGACUCAGCCAGGCAAUCACCCAACUUCCAUUCCCUACUUCGCUCGCCCUCUCUAUCAUCUCUGGCCCUUCACCACUCCGAUCACUGACUCGUUUAUACCCAAACCGCAUCCUGCCUCGUUUUCCAGCUCAAGCUCCUGCUUAUGGCGAUGUACAUCAUAUCGCGGCGAGUAGUAGGUGGAUCGACGCCGUCAACUGCGUUCCGUUAUGCUACUUGUUGGAGACCCUAUUCGACGUCGUUUAGAGAGGAAAGAGACACCUUUGGACCCAUUCUCGUUCCCUCAGACAAGUUGUGGGGGGCGCAAACUCAAAGAUCGUUGCAUAAUUUCGAUAUCGGCGGCGAGCGUGAACGAAUGCCCGAACCUAUUGUUCGCGCCUUUGGCGUACUAAAAAAAUGUGCUGCCAAGGUGAACAUGGAGUAUGGUCUUGAUCCAACUGUAGGCAAAGCAAUAAUGCAAGCUGCCCAAGAAGUCGCCGAGGGAAAGCUAAACCAGCAUUUUCCACUUGUUGUAUGGCAAACUGGCAGUGGAACCCAAAGUAACAUGAAUGCCAAUGAGGUCAUUGCGAACAGAGCAGCUGAGAUACUUGGCCAUAAGCGUGGUGAAAAGAUUGUCCACCCAAAUGACCAUGUUAAUAGAUCACAGUCUUCUAAUGACACUUUUCCAACUGUCAUGCACAUUGCGUCUGCAGUGGAAAUUAAUUCAAGACUAAUACCAAAUUUGAAAACAUUGCAUACUUCUCUACAUUCAAAGUCAGAUGAAUUCAAAGAUAUUGUUAAAAUUGGACGCACUCACACGCAAGAUGCAACACCUUUGACUCUUGGGCAAGAAUUCAGUGGCUAUUCAACACAAGUGAAGUAUGGAAUUGACCGAGUCUUGUGCACUCUACCCCGCAUGUAUCAGCUUGCACAGGGUGGUACUGCUGUUGGGACUGGAUUGAACACAAAGAAGGGAUUUGAUGUAAAGAUAGCUGCGGCAGUAGCUGAGGAAACAAACUUACCAUUUGUCACCGCCGAAAACAAGUUUGAAGCUUUGGCUGCACAUGAUGCUUUUGUUGAAACUAGCGGAGCCCUAAAUACAGUUGCUACUUCUCUGAUGAAAAUUGCAAAUGACAUACGUUUAUUAGGAAGUGGUCCACGUUGCGGCCUUGGUGAACUCAUUCUCCCUGAAAACGAGCCUGGCAGCAGCAUUAUGCCUGGGAAGGUUAACCCUACUCAGUGUGAGGCUCUCACAAUGGUCUGUGCUCAGGUUUUUGGUAACCAUGUGGCCAUUACAGUAGGUGGAUCAAAUGGUCACUUUGAACUUAAUGUAUUCAAGCCAAUGAUUGCUAGUGGUCUCCUACAUUCUGUGAGAUUGCUUGGGGAUGCAUCAGCUUCCUUUGAAAAGAACUGUGUAAGAGGAAUCGAAGCUAAUAGGGAAAGAAUUUCAAAGUUACUUCAUGAGUCACUAAUGUUGGUCACAUCGUUGAAUCCUAAAAUUGGUUAUGACAAUGCUGCGGCAGUUGCAAAGAAAGCCCACAAGGAGGGAUCCACUUUGAAGGAAGCUGCAUUGAAACUUGGAGUGCUAACCAGUGAAGAAUUUGAUACACUUGUGGUGCCUGAGCAGAUGAUUGGCCCAUCUGACUGACUGACAGACAGGUUUAGAAGCUGUUGAAAAUUGAUUUCCCGGCAUGAAUUGCCUUAAUGAUUCAUCUUUGCAUUGUCUCUUCGGGUGAAAUAAGGAUUAAAAGUGAUGUAUGUAAUUCAUAACGUUUACGAACGAUAUUGUUGAGGCUUUGUAAUUUGGGUUAAUUUUGUUGACAAAAACAGCCGCCAACUGGGUCACAGAGGAGGAGAAUGCCUCCACAAAUUUUUGUAACAAUGUCAAUACAGGGUAUUGAGAAACUCACCCCGCAGAAUAAAAUGAAGUAAAAAUUUUACUUGUUA